AUGGUCCUUUGGACUACUGCCAUCAUGGCAGCAACUUCUUCUGUGUUUUGUGCUAGGUUCUAUGCCAUUGUUGGACUGGAUGAAUUAGAUACUGGCAAAUUUCCAGAUAGCAUAUCUAGCAACAACCACAUGUCUGGAAAGCUUCCAAGAUGGAUGAGGAACAUGUCCAAUCUUAUGGGAAUUGCGAUGUUCUCAAAUCAUUUUCAAGAUCUUAGCGAUAACCACCUAAAUGGAACCAUUCCCAGCUGGAUUGGAAGCCUUCAUGUAUUGAGCAUUCUUCUCCUAAAAUUUAAUAAUUUUGAAGGUGAAAUUCCAGUUCAGUUAUGCCAGUUGAAACAAUUAAGCAUAUUGGAUCUUUCUGAAAAUAACUUUUCUGGUUCCAUACCUCCUUGUUUUCAUGAAAUACCUUUUGAGACAACCCAUGAAAAAUCUUCUCUAGAAACUGGAUAUCAGAUGGGUGGUAUUUCAACAUUUUCAUUAUGGAGCUUUGUCGAGGGGUUAAAGUCACUAGGAGAACAUUAUAUGAUGGAUGUUGGAUAUGGAACUAUUAUCUUCCACUCUUUGGAUGUCCAACAAAAAAUGGAGUUGACAACAAAGCAUGGAUCCUAUGCAUAUAAAGGCAAUAUUUUGGACUACAUGUCUGGAGUUGAUCUGUCUUGCAACCAGUUAACAGGGGAAAUCCCAUUGGAAAUGGGAAACUUGAGCAAUAUCCGUGUUCUAAACUUGUCUCAUAACAAAUUAUUCGAAUCAAUCCCAUCAACAUUCUCACAACUAAAGCAGAUAGAAAGUUUGGAUCUCUCUUACAAUAGAUUGAAUGGAAAGAUCCCUUCUCAACUGAUUGAAUUGGACAAGUUGGAAGUCUUUAGUGUGGCAUACAACAACUUAUCAGGUGUGACCCCAGAUAGAAAAGCUCUGUUUGCAACUUUUGAAGAUGGUGGUUUCAUAGAUAUGGAGGUUUUCUAUGUCAGCUUUCUAGUCUCAUAUAUUAUUGUGUUGUUGGGGAUUGUUGCAAUUUUGUUCAUAAAUCCUCAUUGGCGACAACCUUGGUUUCACCUCGUUGAAGUGUGCAUGACCUCUUAG